UCACCCCUUGAACGCGGACGAAGAGAGAGAAGCAGAAGAGAGACGACGAACGACGACGACGAACUUCGACCAGGUACCACCAAGCUCUCUCUCUCUCGAUUUUCCCCACGAAGCUCUCUCUCGAUCUUGGAGACAUUUUAAGCCAAAACCCUAUAUUUCUCGCUCCCUCGUUUCUCUCUCCCUCCUCAAUUUCUUCUCGCUUCUUCUUGGCGCUCUCUCUCUCUCUGAAAGAGCCGAUAGGAUUUGAAAUGAGGAAAGGUGCGAAGAGAAAGGUGAGCGAAAAGGAGGAGGCUAUUAAGUCAACAGAAGAAGAGGACACCACUACUGCCAAGAAGGACUCGAGCAAAUCAAUGCAGGAGAAAACUACCAAAACCGAGUCGAGCAAGGCUGGGGGAAGACGUAAGAAAGUCAAACCAUCCAAGCCUGAGUCGGAGCCCGAGUUCUUCCCUGACAGGCGUAAUUUGGAAGAUCUAUGGAAACAGGUUUUCCCUGUCGGAACAGAGUGGGAUCAGUUAGACCAGGUUUAUCAGUACAAAUGGAAUUUCUCUAAUCUGGAGAAUGCAUUCGAAGAGGGUGGAGAGCUAUAUGGGCAAAAAGUCUACCUUUUUGGCUCUACUGAGCCUCAAUUAGUCUUUUUCAAGAAUGAAGGAAAAGUAACCUGCAUACCUGUUGUAGUUGCUGUUGUUUCCCCUUUUCCACCUUCUGAUAAGAUUGGGAUUAAUUCGGUCCAAAGGGAGGCAGAGGAAAUUGUGCCCAUGAAACAGAUGAAGAUGGAUUGGGUUCCUUAUAUACCAUUGGAAGAUAGAGAUUCUCAAGUUGAAAGACUAAAAUCUCAAAUUUUUAUUCUGAGCUGUACGCAAAGAAGGGCUGGUUUAAGACACUUGAAGUUGGAGCACGUGAAGAAGUUUGAGUACUGUUUACCUUAUUUCUACCAGCCGCUUCAGGAAGAUGAAUUUGAACAGAGCACCAUCGUGCAAAUCAUGUUUCCAGCUGAACCAAAGCCGAUAAUUUGUGAGUUUGAUUGGGAACUUGAUGAACUUGAGGAAUUCACUGAUAAGCUCAUUGAGGAGGAAGAGUUAUCUGCAGAUCAAAAGGACGCUUUCAAGGAUUUUGUGAGGGAGAAGGUCGGUGAAGGAAAAAAAGCUAACCGUGAGGCAAGGGAAGCACGGAAGAAAGCUUUAGCAGAAAUGAGUGAGGAAACGAAGACAGCAUUCCAAAAUAUUAAGUUUUACAAGUUCUAUCCUGUGCCAACUCCUGAUUCUCCUGAUGUGUCCAAUGUCAAGUCUUCAUUUAUAAACAGGUAUUACAGGAAGGCACAUAUAGUUCUUUGACUUUGACUUGAUGCUGAGGACUGAAUUGUCAUAGCAAGACGGUGCAUUGAAUGCUUGAGGAGAUGCUUAAUUUGUUCGUUUUGGCUGCCACAAAAAACCUAGCUAAGGGUAAUAGAUUUGGUUCCUUUGUAGAAAUAUGCUGGCCAUUUGUUGGCUUGUCAUCUUAAAUGUAAGCUUGUAGUUCUAUCAUGUUGGAGGAAAACGGAAAAAGAGAGAUACAAUAAUGAGGUGCUUUGUAUACCAUCGGAUGUAGUUCAUGAAUACAAUGCUGAGGUUAUGAUUUUGGAAACUGUUUACUCCGGUUUUAGUUUGGUUUAGUAUUCCUCAGUGAUUUGUAUUGCACUGCCGUCGUUUUGAACUUCUGCUGCCCAGCAGAAAUAUGCUGGCCAUUUGUUGGCUUGUCAUCUUAAAUGUAAGCUUGUAGUUCUAUCAUGUUGGAGGAAAACGGAAAAAGAGAGAUACAAUAAUGAGGUGCUUUGUAUACCAUCGGAUGUAGUUCAUGAAUACAAUGCUGGGGUUAUGAUUUUGGAAACUGUUUACUUCGGUUUUA